AUGCAGGUGCUCGAGCAAAUCAAGAGUCUAUUUGGACUCAGACGCCCACGUCGUCCACUCCAUCCCGCUGCAGCUCUAAACACCCUCCCGACAGAGAUCUUUCAGGAGAUUUCCAGUUACGUCUCACCCGUUGACAGGGCAGCCUUGGCUCUCGUCAGCCAUCGACACCUCUAUAUGCUUGGCAGAAAUGUGCUACGACUGGAGCAAAAAGGGCGGUAUCAGCUGCUGAAACGUCUCGAGGUCGAUGGGUGUUUCGUUUCGCAGAUAUUGUGUCCGCUGUGUCGCAUCUUUCACACACCCCGAAAUACUCAUGUUUCGGACCUGAGAGAAGGAGGUCGGGCCUGUGUCAAGUUUGGCGAUAGGAAGAUCCAACAAAAGACGACAUCACGUCACCUCCCACGUCACGUCCAUUUCGAUCUUGUCGCCGCCAUAACGAGAAGCCAUCGCCACAAAUCUGCAUUACAUGAGCCUCGUCUCCUAAACUCUAGCCACUACUACUUUCAUGAAUAUGGAACAGCUCGCAUCAGCUGCUACGUGUCGGCCAAAGUGGUCAACAGACGGCUACUCCUCAAAACCGAAAAGUAUCUCUUCCCUCGAGUAGAGACGUUGGACGCGCUCGAUGCCAUUCCUGAGCUACUAGGUGUUCUCAAAAGAAAUCCCGGCCUUGGGGCCUGCUGUGCCCAUCAUGACUGGCAGUGGUUUCGGAGAUUUAUAUUCAGGCCACAUCCCUACUUUCCCGAGGAAACAAAUAAACAGUGGUGUCUAUGGACUCACGGCGAGAGGUGUUGGCAUCCUCAUCGCGUCCGGGAAGGUCCAUGCCUUGGAGGGGUGAAGGACGAUUUGUUGGAAAUUCGCGGGUGCCAACGAUGUCACACUGAUAUUGGCAUCAGCGUCCGCAAUAUUCACGGAGAAAGCGCCGCUCUGAUUCUCACAACGUGGAAAGACCUCGGGCUUGGGAUGGACACCGAAGAUGUCUCCUGGAAGUCGCACCUUGAGCAUACGCCUGGGCAACAAAAGAAAGACCGCAAAACGAAAAUUGGAGACAUCCACACAGCUUUCGAAACGAGGCCUGGGCGCAUUCAGAGAGUUUAUGACGGCCCCAGCGGAGAUGAAUGGAGCACUGCUGCUUUCGGAAAAGACUCAAUCAACCGCCGAAGAGAACGAGCUGAGCUUUUGACAAGCACGCGUGCAACCAGAAGAGUAGGAAGACACCAACACACACACGGCCAGACGGGACCUACUCCAAGCACUUCGAGCCACAUGGAGGCCUACUUUUCUACUUCGACUUCUUCGCCGUCUCGUCGGGCCCCUACCGUUCCCGAACCGCCGUCUAGGUCGAUAUCCAUGUCGUCCCCGCCGUCAUUCGCGACCGCGACCGUGUCUUCCCAGAAUCGAAUAGUGUCGCGUCGCGAUGGUUCCUCUUCGACGCUCAUCUACAGGGUGCCUGCUUUUGACCCCCCGGCCCGACGAAACAGGAAUCGGAGACCGUAG